AGGUGGACACACAUGAAUGUGUUCGUGAAUGGGUGAAUCGGGGAGUUACUGUUAAGACCCUUGAGCCUUAAUCAAGGUGGAUACAAGUCAAUUACCGUUCAGUAAAUGUCUUGUAAUAGUGAUAAUUCAAAUGGUGGCAGUCAUGUAACCAUUUACUAAACGUCUUUUAGGUUUCAAAGACUUCAUAAGAGUUUCAUGCUUUGUGUUUGCAGGCGAAGUUGCAAGUGUCAGAGCAAGAGAUCCAGGAGAUGAUCAGACAGAGGACCAGGAAAAUUGAAGAGAUCAAGAUGUCGAUGACGGAAGUGGAGAUGGCGGUGGAGAAGGAGACGGCCGGCAGUGUGUGCAUGUUCUCCAUGCUAAGCUCUGCCAUCGAGCGCUCCCAGGCAGAGCUGUUAGAGGUGAUGGAAAUCAACCGCAGGGCCGCAGAGCAACAGGCCGACGCCAUGGUCAAGCAACUGGAAAAAGAGAUAGAAGAACUCAAGACCAGAGACCGAGCCCUCGGCGAGCUGGCUCAGUCGGACGACCACGUGCACUGUGUGAAGACGUUUCAGACCCUCUCCAGUCCUCCCCCCAGCAAAGACUGGUCUGGAGUGUCCCUGAAUGUCGACCUGGGAACCUCGGCUGUGUACCGAUCUCUGGCAACCAUGGUGGCGAGAUUCCAAGAGGAGCUACAGAAAGUCACCGAAUCUGGUUUUCCUGGUCCCCUGGUUGAACCAGUUCCAGUGCGAGCCCAGCCCAGAGCGAAGAGGAUCCAGGAGUAUGCACUGGACGUAACCCUGGACUCCCACACGGCCCACCCCAGACUGGUGCUGUCAGAGGACCUGAAGAUUGUGUGGUGUGGUGAUCGACACCAGCAUGUGGCAGAAAACCCAGAGAGGUUUGACCGGGUCGUCUGCGUCCUGGGACAACAGGCCAUUUCCUCCGGGAAACAUUACUGGGAGGUGGAGGUGGGCGGGAAGACUGACUGGGAUCUGGGCGUGGCACGGGAAUCCAUCAGCAGGAAGGGGAAGAUAGACUACACCCCCAAAAAUGGCUUCUGGUUCCUCAGUUUGAGAGACAAGAGUAAAUAUGCUUUUCGGACUGAACCUUCAACAAACGUCGAUUUAAACCUUCGACCUCAUAAGAUUGGAAUAUUUGUGGACUAUGAAAAGGGCCAGGUGUCUUUUUACAACGUUGAUGCCAAAGUCCACAUCUACACUUUCAAUGACAUUUUUACUGAGAACAUUUACCCGUUCUUCAGUCCGUGCACCAACAAGGGAGGAAAGAAUGACAUGCCUCUAAUAAUUACACCGAUCAUGCUGACAGAAUGAAAGGGAAUUUUUUUAAUGUACAAAACUGAUAUGUAAAUAUGUAAAUUUUUAUUAAAACAAUUAAGCUUUUUGAAUAUAUUUUUAAGUUUGAUCCCAGCCUGAGUUAUAGGCCAUUUUCAUUUGCUGUAAUCACUUAUGAAAGUAGUCAUGGUGUCUGUAGCUUAAAAUAAAAACACAUUUGUACAUAAUUACUGUAAAUAUCCCAAAAUGUUGGCUUGAACUUUAUCCAAUGCAAACAAUUCACCAAUUGCUUAAAGUCUUAACUAGUAGCUGGUAUUAUUUAACAAAAGAAGAAAUAAACUAGGUUUACCAGAAGACUAAUGUGAAAAGAGGCUAAACUUAAUGCUAGCAUAAGACCAUCAUAACUGAAAUUUAUUUUUUAAUACUCUUGUUAGCAUUACAAUGGACUAAAACAGGAAUAGAACCUCAGUAUUAGCUUAACUGAAAAAAGUGCUUGUCAGGGUAAGAUAAGGAGACUUGACUAAUUACAAACAUUUAGCUAGUCUUAGCAUAAAGUUAGCAUUGCUAUGCUACAAAAAAAAUCCUGGUCAAAUAAUGAGAUAAUAGGCUUGACUAGCUUACAGCUUAGGAUAGUUUUGUAGUUUUGCUUAAAAAAUGCUUUUAAGAGAACCAUGCUUGACAAUUAACAACUAUAGCUAUGCUAAUAUUAGCAUCAAGUUAGCAUUAUUACAUUUCUAAAAAAUAUUGAUUCAGAUUUGCCAACUUGGCUAGUUACAAAUAUAUUAUUGCUAGUAUUGGCAUAAGAUCAGCAUUAUUAUACUGCUAAAAACAGGCUUGACUAAUAAAACAUAUCAAUGCUGGUCUUAGUAAAAAGUUAGCAUUAUGAAGCUACUAAAUAUAAAAAGGCUAGUCAAAGAUUGGAAGAUCUGACUGAUAACAUACAGAUCAAUGCUCGUAUUAGCACAGGGUUAGCAUUAGGCUAUCAAACAAAUAAUUUUAGUUCAAAUUAUUUAAAAUACUUGAAUAGAAUAUUAAUAAUAGUUUUGGCAUAAAAAGAUUAUUACGCAACAAAAAAAUACUCAAAGAAUAUGUUUAGAAGACUUUAGUGGUAAUGAUAUUCAUGCUAGUCAUAGCAUCAGGUUAGCAUUAUUACACUACUACAAAAAAUAAACGUUUUCAAAUAAUUAUGAGUAGACUAGACUAAUACAAACAUAUUCAUACUACUUUUAGCAUAAGAUUUCACCACAGAAAGAAAUGCUAGUCGAAGAAUUAGACAAAAAAAAAAUACUGACAAAUUAGUACAACACUGAAAAUGCUAAUCAUAGCAUC